UCCUCCUCCUCCUCCUCCUCCCACCCCAUCCCGCACCUUCCCUUUCUCUGCAACCAUGAGCUCCAUCGACCCCAACGCCCUCGGGAACAACCAGGACAUCGAGCUUGCCUGGGCCGAGCUGGCCUUCAAGUUCGCCGAGACCCACGAGAAGCUCCUGAGCCGCAUUGACGGGUCCAAGCUGCGCCUGACCCGCAUUGACGACGCCAUCUAUGAGCACUUCCGCAAGGAGUUCCCCGACUUCGACCUGUCUUCGGUCGACGAUGACAUCCUCAAGGGCACUGAGGCCAAGAAGGCCAAGUGGCGCGAGUUCUGCAACAAGUACGAGCACCAGGUCGAGGACUUCAGCGCUGGCACCCUCCUCCGCUCCAAGUGCACCGAGGGCUACAGCCAGGAGAACACCAUCCUCGUUGUUCGCAUCCAGUUCUACGCCAUCGAGAUUGCCCGCAACCGUGAGGGUCACAACAAGCUGGACAAGUAAGUCCCCCCGCCCCCCCCCCUCCCUCC